UGUGGGGCAGGAGGGAGGGCGGGCGCGCGACGGAAGGGGCGGGCCACGGAAGGGGCGGGCCGGAGGAAGUUAUAGUGAGCUCCCUUCCGGCGCUGGGGGCCGGAACGUGUGGCCCGGCGGCUGUCAACCUGGUUCCUGCGAACUGAGUUCGCUGCGGAGACCAUGGGCGGGAAGAACAAGCAACGGACCAAGGGAAAUCUGAGGCCUUCAAAUAGUGGUCGAGCUGCAGAACUACUUGCCAAAGAAAAAGGAACAGUACCUGGAUUUAUUGGCUUUGGAACAACUCAAAGUGACCUAGGCUAUGUUCCUGCUAUUCAAGGAGCUGAAGAAAUUGACAGUCUUGUAGAUUCUGAUUUCCGAAUGGUGCUGCGGAAACUGUCUAAGAAAGAUGUCACCACGAAAUUAAAAGCUAUGCAGGAAUUUGGAACCAUGUGUACAGAGAGAGAAACAGAAAUUGUAAAAGGAGUUCUUCCAUAUUGGCCAAGAAUUUUCUGCAAAAUUUCACUUGAUCACGAUCGCCGGGUUCGAGAAGCCACUCAGCAAGCUUUUGAAAAACUUAUCCUUAAAGUAAAGAAACACUUGGCUCCGUAUUUAAGAAGUUUAAUGGGUUAUUGGCUCAUGGCUCAGUGUGAUACGUACACACCAGCUGCGUGUGCUGCGAAAGAUGCAUUUGAAGCAGCCUUCCCUCCAAGCAAGCAGCCUGAAGCUAUAGCGUUUUGUAAGGAUGAAAUUACCAGUGUGCUUCAGGAUCAUCUUCUAAAAGAAACACCCAACACACUUAGUGACCCACAAACUGUUCCAGAGGAAGAAAGAGAAGCUAAAUUCUAUCGAGUUGUAACUUGUUCCUUAUUGGCAUUAAAGAAAUUGCUUUGCCUUUUACCUGAUAAUGAGCUUGAUUCUCUGGAGGAGAAAUUUAAAUCUCUGUUAUCACAGAAUAAAUUUUGGAAGUAUGGAAAACACAGUGUACCUCAGAUCCGCUCAGCAUAUUUUGAGUUAGUUUCUGCUCUGUGCCAGCGCAUUCCACAGGUGAUGAAAGAGGAAGCUUCCAAAGUGAGCCCAUCUGUUCUGCUUAGCAUUGAUGACAGCGACCCCAUUGUCUGCCCCGCUCUGUGGGAAGCUGUACUCUAUACACUCACGACAGUUGAGGACUGUUGGCUUCAUGUAAAUGCAAAAAAAAGCGUGUUUCCUAAGCUGUCAACUGUGAUUCGUGAAGGUGGCAGGGGCUUAGCUACUGUCAUAUAUCCUUAUCUUCUGCCGUUUAUUAGCAAGCUUCCUCAGUCCGUUACAGAUCCAAAGCUGGAUUUCUUCAAAAAUUUCCUCACCUCUCUGGUUGCAGGGCUGUCAACAGAGAGAAUCAAAACCAGCUUUACAGAGUCCUCAGCAGUAAUAUCUGCUUUUUUUGAAUGUUUACGUUUCAUAAUGCAGCAAAACUUAGGUGAACAAGAGAUUGAACAGAUGCUCGUCAAUGACCAGCUGAUCCCUUUUAUUGAUGCAGUUCUUAAGGAACCGGGAUUGCCACACGGGCAACUAUUUAACCAUUUAGCAGAAACUUUAAGCGCUUGGGAAGACAAGGCAGAUGUGGAAAAAGAUGGCAAAACCACUCAUAACUUGGAGAAUGUACUGCUCAGUUUUUGGAAAAGAUUGUCAGAGAUCUGUGUCAAGAAAAUCAAUGAGCAAGAAGCUGAUGUUAAAUCUGUUUUGGGUGUAUCUAACUUAUUACAGGUUCUCCAGAAGCCAAAGAGCUCAUUGAAGUCAAAUAAAAAAAAAACUAGUAAGGUUAGAUUCGCUGAUGAGACGCCUGAAGAUAAUAAAGAGAAUGAACAAUGUGUAUCUUCAGAAGGGGAGAACAACGAAGGCUCCGAAUCCACGACUGAACCUUCUCUCCAUCUCGAUUCUUCCAGUCUUGUGUCACCUCUGCGGAAAAAACCUUUGGAAGACUUAGUCUGUAAACUCGCAGAGAUGAGUAUUAAGUACGUCAAUGAACAAAUGUCAGAGCCACAUCUAAGGUUUCUUUCUCUUCUGCUUGACUCUUUCUCGUCAAGCCAAGUAUUUAAAAUGCUCCUUGGUGAUGAAAAAGAGAGUAUUGUUAAAGCCAAACCACUUGAAAUAACCAAACUCAUACAAAACAAUCCUGCAGUGCAGUUUUUGUACAGAAAACUGGUAGGUUUGCUAAAUGAAGAUCAGAGGAAGUACGCGGAUUUGCUGGUGGACAUUUUGUAUAGCGCCCUCCGUUGCUGUGAUGGUGACAUGGAGAGAAAAGAUGUCCUGGAUGAUCUAACCAAGGAGGACCUGGAAUGGAAUUCUCUUCUUCAGGUUAUUGAAAAGGCAUGUUCUAGUUCAGAUAAACAUGCUUUAGUAGCUCCUUGGUUAAAAGGCGAUACUCUUGGAGAGAAAUUGGUUGCCCUGGCAGAUUGUCUUUGUAACAAGAACUUGGAAUCCACAGUAUCUUCACAAUCUUACUUCUCAGAACAAUGGACUCUUCUAAGCUUGGUAUUAUCCCAACAUGUUAAAAAUGAUUACUUGAUUGAAGAGGUAUAUGUUGAAAGAAUUAUUGUUAAACUUCAUGAAACUUUAUCCAAAACAAAGGACUUGUCAGAAGCUGAAAAGAGUGACUCACCAGUGUCUUUUAUUUGUGAUGUGGCCUAUAACUAUUUCAGCUCAGCAGAAGGAUGCUUACUAAUGCCAUCAUCUGAAGAUUUAUUAUUAACUCUCUUUCAGUUAUGUUCUCAAAGUAAAGAAAAAACACAUUUGCCAGAUUUUCUAACAUGUAAACUGAAAAAUACUUGUCUUUCUGGUGUAAACUUACUGGUCCAUAAAACCAGUGACUCACACGGACAGAGCACCUUCCUGCGUUUGUCUGCUCUGUGGCUGAAGCAGCAAGUUCAGGCUUCACCUUUGGAUAAUACAAGUCUACAGGUCCUCUUGUCUGCUGUUGAUGAUUUGCUAAAUACACUUGUGGAGAGUGAAGAUGCUUCUCUUCUGGGAGUUUAUAUUGGAAGCGUACUGCCCAGCAACACUGAGUGGGAAAAUAUGAGACAGUCUCUUCCAGUUCAGUGGUUACACAGACCUCUUUUAGAAGGAAGAUUGAGUUUAAAUUAUGAAUGUUUCAAAACAGAUUUUAAAGAACAAGAUACAAAGACACUUCCCAGCCAUUUGUGUACUUCGGCACUGUUGAGCAAAAUGACGUUAGUUGCACUGAAGAAGAAAAUAGUUCUAGAAAAUAAUGUACUUGAGGAAAUAACCGCAGAACUACUCUAUUCGCUGCAGUGGUGUGAAGAACUAGACAAUCCACCAAGUUUUGUAACUGGAUAUUGUGAAAUGCUUCAAAAAAUGAAUAUUACAUAUGAUAAUUUAUGUGUACUUCGUAUUUCUCCUGGUGUUUUGCAACUGCUAUUUAACAGAUCUAGGGAAAAUGGUGCACUAUGGUCCCUUAUUAUUGCUAAGUUGAUCCAUUCCCGAAGCGUUUCACCUGAGGAAGUAAAACCACAUUAUAAAAGAAAAGAAAGUUUCUUUCCACUAACAGAAGGUUAUUUACAUACCAUUCAAAGUCUCUGUCCAUUUUUAUCAAAAGAAGAAAAGAAAGAAUUCAGUUCUCAAUGCAUACCUGCUCUUUUGGGCUGGACUAAGGAAGAUCUUUGCAGUACUAAUGGAGGUUUUGGGCAUUUGGCCAUUUUUAAUUCUUGCCUGCAAACCAGAAGUAUUGAUGAUGGAGAACUACUGCAUGGUGUAUUAAAAAUUAUAAUAUCCUGGAAGAAAGAACACGAAGAUAUUUUUCUUUUCACUUGUAAUCUUUCAGAAGCAAAUCCGGAGGUACUGGGUAUAAAUAUAGAAAUAAUCCGGUUCCUUUGCCUGUUUCUGAGAUACUGCUCCUCUCCCUUGGCAGAGAGUGAGUGGGACUUCAUCAUGUGCUCCAUGUUGGCUUGGUUGGAGACAACAAAUGAGAAUCAGGCACUGUAUUCUGUUCCACUUGUACAACGCUUUGCCUGUGUCAGUUGCGAUUUGGCCUGUGAUCUCAGUGCUUUUUUUGAUUCAGCCACUCCAGAAACUAUUGCCAACCUUCCUGUAAAUCUCAUCAGUGAAUGGAAAGAAUUUUUUUCCCAAGGCAUCCACAGUUUGCUUUUACCUCUCUUGGUGACUGUUACAGGAGAAAAUAAAGAUCUGUCUGAAACUACCUUUGAAAAUGCAAUGCUGAAGCCCAUGUGUGAAACGUUAACGUACAUCUCAAAGGAUCAGCUGUUGAGUCACAAACUUCUCAAAAAAUUAGGGACUGGCCCCAAAACAAACUUGCCAGAAAAUCUCCAGACUUUGUUAAAUACGUUGGUCCCGUUACUUCUCUUCAGAGCUAGGCCUGUGCAAAUUGCUGUUUAUCAUAUGCUCUACAAGUUGAUGCCUGAAUUACCACAGUAUGACCAGGAUAAUCUAAAGUCCUAUGGAGAUGAAGAAGAAGAACCAGCCUUGUCACCACCAGCCAUACUGAUGUCUCUUCUGAGCACUCAAGAGGACUUACUGGAAAACAUUCUGGGUUGUAUUCCUGUGGGACAGAUAGUUACCAUUAAGCCACUGAGUGAAGACUUCUGUUACGUUCUGGGCUAUCUCCUUACUUGGAAAUUAAUACUUACUUUCUUCAAAGCUGCUUCAUCUCAGCUUCGGGCUCUGUAUUCAAUGUACCUUAGGAAAACAAAGAGUUUGAACAAAUUACUUUAUCACCUGUUCAGGCUCAUGCCAGAAAAUCCAAGCUAUGGAGAGGCAGCUCUUGAGCUCUCAAAUAAGGACCCCAAAACGUUCUUUACUGAGGAGCUCCAGCUAAGUAUUAGAGAAACGUCAACUCUGCCAUACCACAUUCCACACUUGGCUUGUUCAGUCUAUCAUAUGACAUUAAAAGAUUUGCCUGCCAUGGUUAGACUGUGGUGGAAUAGUAGUGAGAAGCGUGUUUUCAAUAUUGUAGACAGAUUUACAAGCAAGUAUGUCAGCAAUGUCCUUUCUUUUCAAGAAAUAUCUUCUGUGCAAACCAGUACACAGCUAUUUAAUGGCAUGACGGUUAAAGCUCGAGCUACCACUCGAGAAGUUAUGGCUACUUACACUAUCGAGGACAUUGUCAUUGAACUUAUAAUACAGCUGCCUUCUAAUUACCCACUGGGUUCCAUAUCAGUGGAGAGUGGGAAGAGAGUGGGCGUGGCCGUCCAGCAGUGGCGGAACUGGAUGCUGCAGCUGAGCACUUACCUCACCCAUCAGAAUGGAAGUAUUAUGGAAGGCUUAGCGUUGUGGAAAAAUAACGUAGACAAACGUUUUGAGGGUGUUGAAGACUGCAUGAUCUGUUUUUCUGUCAUUCAUGGUUUCAACUAUUCUCUCCCAAAAAAAGCCUGUAGAACAUGCAAGAAUUCUUUUCUUUUUCAGUACAAAUGGUUUACCUCUAGCAACAAAUCCACUUGUCCACUCUGUCGUGAGACCUUUUUCUGAAAUAAAUCAAGCAAAGGCAUUGAUUGGAUUUGGAUCCAUCUUAAAGCGCUGAUGUGAAGAAGCCAGUGACGAUUACUUUCACAUAGGACCUUCUCUGGAAAAUUAUUUUGGUGAAUGUAGUGAUCUUAAAAAUCGGGUUCACCUAUCUUCAGAUUGCUUUGUAAAUGUUUGGAAACAUUUUCUUUUACAAAAGAAUAUUACAUAUUUGAGAGAAGUAUUUAUAUUAAUGGCUUAAUCUCUUUGUAUUUUUAAAAGAAAAUAUUAAAAAUGCUAAAUUAUAGAAUUGAAAUUUGUGAAAAUACUGUACUUAUAAAUACAUCGUUUAUUGAUCUGUAAUCUAGAACGGUCCAAGUGUGAGGCAGAAUGAGAGAGUUGGUGUAUGUCUGCAGAUAUUUUAAGAUGUAUUUAUUAGUUAUAACAGCAAAAUUAGUAGUGUUCUGAUUUUUGUAGAUUGUUUUAAUGAUAAAAAUCACACUAUCAGUGUAGCUUAUCUUAAGCUUUUUGAAGCAUGUUCCGAAAUCCUGUAUAAAAGAAUGAAAACUGAACUUUAAGGUGCCUCCAUUUAUUAAGGGUUAUAAAAUUCAGAAAAUUAAACUUAUGACACUGAUCUUUUGCUUGUGGAGAAAUUAUUUCCAUAUAUUAGUGAAAUUGGAGUUGUGAAUUUGUUAGUGAAUUUAUUUCAAUCUUCAUAUAGUGGGCAUUUGAACGAAAUAGUAACUUGAUUGUUUAAUAAAUACUACUGAAACUUAAGGAUCAAUGGAAAAAUCAGCAUUUAAAAAUGUUAUCGGAGGCUUUCAAGUUUGCAAGCAAAUUUUGCUAUUACUAGCCAAAGUCACACUAGAUUAGGGGUGUGUGGGAACUAAUGUUCUUUAGCCUUCAAAAAUGAAAGUUAAAGAUAGCUGGGCAUGGUGGCACACACCUGUAAUCCCAGCAUUUGGGAGG